AAGUAUCUCUAUUUCAAGAUGGGCAGUAAGGAGCGAUAUCACUGGCAAACACAAAAUGUAAAGGUCAGUGGGGUGGAUGACAUGGUCCUCCUCUCCAAGAUCAGUGAAGAUGCCAUCACAGACAACCUCAAGAAAAGAUAUAUGGAUGACUUCAUUUUUACAUAUAUAGGACCUGUGCUGAUCUCUGUAAAUCCUUUCAAACAGUUGUCAUAUUUUUCUGACCGGGAAGUGGAGCUCUAUCAGGGAGCUGCUCAAUAUGAGAAUCCACCACACAUUUAUGCUUUGGCUGAUAACAUGUACCGUAAUAUGAUGAUCGAUGUGGAAAACCAAUGUGUCAUCAUUAGUGGAGAGAGUGGAGCAGGAAAGACUGUGGCAGCCAAGUACAUUAUGAGCUACAUUUCCAAAGUUUCAGGAGGUGGGCCAAAAGUUCAGCAUGUUAAAGAUAUCAUCCUCCAGUCAAACCCCCUACUGGAGGCUUUUGGGAAUGCCAAGACAGUGCGCAAUAACAACUCUAGUCGCUUUGGAAAAUAUUUUGAGAUCCAGUUCAGCCGGGGAGGGGAACCUGAUGGAGGAAAAAUUUCUAACUUCCUGUUGGAGAAAUCAAGGGUUGUGUCUCAAAACCAAGGAGAGAGAAAUUUCCAUAUAUACUACCAGCUCUUAGCAGGUGCAAGUAAAGAGCAGAGAGAGAAUUUGGGAAUUACCACUGCAGACUACUACUUCUACAUGAACCAGUCUGGUACCUACACUGUGGAUGACAUGAAUGACAAGAAGGAGUUCUCUGACACCAUGGAGGCUAUGUCAGUCAUUGGUUUGUCUUUGGAAGAACAAGAUGCAGUGCUACAGAUUGUGGCUGGCAUUCUUCAUCUGGGCAACAUCACUUUCAGAGAGGAAGGCAACUAUGCUGUGGUGGAGAGUGAAGACUUUCUCGCCUUCCCAUCCUAUCUGCUGGGUAUAUCUCAGGACGGCUUGAAGAAGAAACUGACAAGUCGGGUUAUGGACAGUAAAUGGGGAGGCAAGACUGAAAGCAUUUCUGUUACACUGAACACUGAGCAAGCCAGCUUUUCAAGGGAUGCCCUGUCCAAGGCACUCUAUGCCCGACUCUUUGACUACCUCGUAGACUCGAUAAACAAGGCCAUGCAGAAGGACCAUGAGGAAUUCAACAUUGGAGUGCUGGACAUUUAUGGCUUUGAAAUCUUCCAGCAAAAUGGAUUUGAGCAGUUCUGCAUUAACUUUGUGAAUGAGAAGCUCCAGCAGAUCUUCAUUGAGCUCACCCUGAAGGCUGAGCAGGAAGAGUAUGUGCAGGAAGGAAUUAAAUGGACACCUAUUGAGUAUUUUAACAACAAAGUUGUAUGUGACUUGAUGGAGUCCAAAAUGAACCCUGUGGGUAUUAUGAGCAUCCUGGAUGAUGUGUGUGCUACCAUGCACGCCAAGGGUGAGGGUGCAGACCAGACUCUGCUUCAGAAACUGCAAGCACAGGUCGGCACUCAUGAACACUUCAAUAGCUGGAAUAAGGGCUUCAUAGUGCACCACUAUGCAGGCAAGGUUUCAUAUAUUGUUAAUGGAUUCUGUGAGAGGAACAGAGAUGUGCUUUUCAAUGACAUCAUAGAACUGAUGCAAAGCAGUGAAUUUGCCUUCAUCCGAAGCCUCUUCCCAGAGAAUCUUGAAGCUGAGAAAAAGGGCCGUCCCACAACCGCAGGUGCCAAGAUCAAGAAACAAGCUAAUAACCUGGUGCAGACACUGAUGAAAUGCACCCCCCACUAUAUUCGCUGUAUUAAACCCAACGAGACCAAAAAGCCCCGGGACUGGGAGGAGAGCCGUGUCAAGCACCAGGUGGAAUACCUGGGCCUGCGUGAGAAUAUCCGCGUGCGCCGGGCUGGAUACGCCUUCCGCCGUGUCUUCAAGAAGUUCUUACAGAGAUAUGCAAUCCUGACUAAAGAGACGUGGCCACAGUGGAGUGGAGAUGAGAAGCAAGGUGUCCUGCACCUGCUGAAAUCUGUCAACAUGGACCCAGAUCAGUACCAGCUGGGCAAAAGCAAAAUAUUCAUCAAGGCCCCAGAAUCACUGUUCCUUCUGGAAGAGAUGAGAGAGAGAAAGUAUAAUGGGUACGCCCGGGUCAUCCAGCAAGCCUGGCGCAAGCACGUUGCUGUUCGCAAAUACGUUCGCAUGCGAGAGGAGGCAUCUGACGUAUUGUUCAAUAAGAAGGAACGGCGGAAAAACAGCCUGAACCGGAACUUCAUGGGUGACUACAUUGGCACAGACAAUCGCCCUGAGAUCCGGCAAUUUGUGGGUCGCAGGGAGAGGAUUGAAUUUGCUGAUGUUGUGGUCAAAUAUGAUCGCAGAUUUAAGACUGUCAAGCGUGAUCUCAUCUUGACCUCCAAGUUUCUUUAUCUGAUUGGCCGGGAGAAGGUGAAGCAGGGGCCUGAGAAGGGCCAGAUUCGAGAGGUCAUCAAAAGGCAAAUUGAGCUGGAGAAGAUUCAGUCUGUCUCUCUGAGUACGCUCCAGGAUGACUUCUUCAUUGUUCAUGAGGAGCGCUACGACAGCGUGCUGGAGUCCGUCUUUAAAACGGAGUUCCUGAGUUUGCUCUACAAACGUUAUGAGGAGAAGACUCGGAGGAAGCUGGCCCUGAAAUUCAACAACCUACUUGAAUUUAAGGUGAAGAAGGAAGGUUGGGGCCCAUUUGCAUCUGCCGGCUCUCGGCAGAUCCAGUUCCAGACAGGCCAGGGAGAUAAUGUGGUCCUCAAGCCAAGUGGCAAGACCCUUAUUGUUGGUAUUGGACCUGGCCUUCCAAGGAAUUCUAGGCCCACUCGCCUAGACAAGCGAAAGAGCAGAUUCAUAGGAAAUCCACAUCAGGGCCGUGACAAGUAUUUAUGCGAGCCCUCCAGGAGUGCAGGUCGAGGAGUAGCUGACAAGGGCCGUCAUGCCUCCUCUAGGGGCUCUUUGCUUCGUCAGCAGUCCAGUAUGGAUCAACCCAUCCUACCCCGCCAACAUGGAUCUCGCCCAAGUCAAAACCGGAAUCCAGUUAACACUGACAUAAGUUUCAUGAAUGUGCCUGACCAGGGUGUAUCAGGCCUUCAUCGACGACUUUCAAAAGAGGUUAAACCCAUUCCAGGAGCAGGGCUCCCAAAACCAGCCCCCAGACCCAAGCCUCGAUCCCCACAGUGCCGUGCCCUCUAUGCAUAUGAUGCCCAGGACACUGAUGAGCUCAGCUUCAAUGCUGAGGACAUCAUAGAGAUCUUAAAUGAAGACACUUCAGGCUGGUGGUGUGGCCGUCUACGGGGAAGAGAAGGCAUGUUUCCUGGCAACUAUGUGGAAAAGAUUUAGAUCAGUAUGCUAAUAGAAAAACAAUCAAUUAAGCAAGCACAGCAAAGAUCAAAAAUAAGUCCAACAGUAUUAGGUAGAAUCACUAGA